GAAUUCGUAUGACGCAUCAAAUUGAACUCAUUUCAAUAGUUCGUCAGAAAAAAACGCUUCGGUUAAAUUAGGUAAAUUCUUUAUAAUUUGUAAAACCAAACCAAUCAAACCCACUACGUCAUUACGUCCAUCAUUCUAUUACCGUCUUUGUCUAACACACACUAUUUACAGUCUGUCUCUUUUUAAUUUAUGCAGAUUUAAAUCAUUUCCUUUCCUUCUAAUGAUAAAAUACCAUUCUGGUUUUUGUUUAUAAACUUAUGAAUGAUAAAUAUAGAAUCAGUGUUCGUUAGACGUUUUGUGUGUGAAUAUCGUUCAGAGUGAAUUUUUAAUAUUAGUUCAAUAGAUUUCCAAAGAUUAGCAGUUAGGAUUUCGUGAUUUUUAUUUUUAUUAAAUUUUCGUCUGUGAACAAUUAGCAUCAUGAAGAUUACAGUACUCUGCGUAGCUAUGAUGGUUAUUUGCUGCUCGGCCCAACGUUCGCCAUACGCUGGAAGACAACCAAUAGGUUUUCCUGCAAUUCAAAGCACGGCACCCCCAGAAGACGCUUUGGGCAAUAGAUUCGGAGACGAUAUCAGUACGACGACAAUACGACUCCCGAUCGAAGCUUUGGGUGACGCUGACCUGGUGAAUCGACUAAGAAAACUGCCGGUCGACAAGCAGCCGUUUUGGCUCCUCAACUGGCUGGCUUUGGAAGCCAACAGGAAGAAUCCACAGAAUUUCAAUCAAAGACCGAAUAGUUUUCUCGAUAACUCCAUUAGGAAUGUUUAAAAUGUUUGUACGUCAGUGAUUUUGUUUUUUAUAUCGAUUUCAAUAUUAUGGUGCAGUUUAAAUAAUCACUUUGUUUCUUCAAGGCUGAAUACAUGUCAUGGUUUAAAAAUUUAACAAAAAAUAUCAGUUUCAUUCUACUUGACUAUAAGAUAAAUAAAUGUAUCUAAAAAUCUGCUUUUCA